CGGGGAGGUGCGGGGCGGGGCGGGCUGCGCACCGAGCGGCCCGGCCGCCCAGUCCUCCCUUUGACCUUGGCCGGCCCGUCCCGGCGGCUGCAGCGGCAGCGGCGGAGCAGCCGGGCCUGGCCCGGGGGCGGCGGCACGAGGUCCGGCACCAUGAGCGGGCACCCUGGCCUCUAGCCACCCCUCACCAACGCCCCGGCGGCAGCAUGGCUGGGGACCGGCUCCCUCGGAAGGUGAUGGACGCCAAGAGGCUGGCUAGCCUCCUGCGCCGGGGAGCCGGGGGCCCCCUGGUCAUCGAUAGCCGCUCCUUUGUGGAAUACAACAGCGGUCACGUGCUCAGCUCCGUCAACAUCUGCUGCUCCAAACUGGUAAAAAGGAGGUUGCAGCAAGACAAGGUGUCCAUCGCAGAGCUGAUCCAGCCAGGGUCCAGGAUGAAGGUGGAGGCCGAGGACAGGCAGGACGUGGUCGUGUAUGACCAGAAUACCCAGGACGCCAGCGUCCUGGCCGCCGACAGCUUCCUCUCCAUCCUGCUCAGCAAGCUGGACGGCUGCUUCCACAGUGUCUCCAUUCUCACAGGAGGCUUCGCCACCUUUUCCUCCUGCUUCCCUGGCCUCUGUGAGGGCAAACCAGCAGCCAGCCUGCCCAUGAGCCUCUCCCAGCCCUGCCUACCCGUGGCCAGUGUCGCUCUGACACGCAUCCUCCCUCACCUUUACCUGGGCUCCCAGAAAGACGUCCUUAACCAGGACCUCAUGACCCGAAAUGGGAUAAGCUACGUCCUUAAUGCAAGUAACUCAUGCCCAAAGCCGGACUUCAUCUGUGAGAGUCGCUUCAUGCGCAUUCCUGUAAAUGACAGUUACUGCGAAAAGCUGCUGCCUUGGCUGGACAAGUCCAUUGAGUUCAUAGACAAGGCCAAGCUGUCCAGCUGCCAAGUGAUUGUACACUGCCUGGCGGGCAUCUCCCGCUCAGCCACCAUCGCCAUUGCCUACAUCAUGAAGACCAUGGGCAUGUCCUCGGACGACGCCUACAGGUUCGUGAAGGACCGGCGACCAUCCAUCUCACCCAACUUCAACUUCCUGGGCCAGCUGCUGGAGUAUGAGCGCAGCCUGACGCUGCUGAGGGCCCUGAAGGCCGAGGGCGAGCCCCCAGGGCCAGGGCCCGCUGAGCCCCCGCCCCCCUCAGCCCAACCCCAGCCCGUGCCACCACCAUCUACCUCGGAGCCCAGCGGGGAAGGCGGACCGCUGGCGCCCCCUGCCAAGUCCCUGUGUGCCAGCGCUCUGCAACAGGGCCUUCGUGGGCUCCAUCUGUCCUCUGAGCGCAUCCAGGACACCAACCGGCUCAAGCGCUCCUUUUCCCUGGACAUUAAAUCGGCCUAUGCCCCUAGCAGGAGGCCUGAUGCCCCAGGGCCCCCCGACCCCGGGGAGGCCCCCAAACUGUGCAAGCUCGACAGCCCUUCUGGGGCAUCCCCCAGCCCCGAUAGCCCUGAGCGGCCAGGAAAUGGGGCUGAGCUGCCCCCUGAGGUGAGGCCUCGGCUCAGGAGGAAGCACAGACAUCCAGCCACGUCUCCGGGCCACGGCCUCAGCCUGAACUUUGCCACCACCCCCAAGUCAGGGCCGGCACCUGGUGGCAGUGAGGAUGGCCGGCUUGGCCUCUCUGUCCAUGGCCUGCCUGGCCCGGGCCCUGGAGGCUGGGCCUUGCCCCUGGACUCCCCUGGGACCCCUUCCCCAGAGGGGCCCUGGUACUUGAACCCAGAGGGUGCUGGGGGCAGCGGGGGGACUCCGGCCCUCUUCCCAGCAGCCUCCUUUGGUGGUGUGGACCUGAGAUUGAGGGACAAGCCCCGAGCAGAGCCCCGGGAUGGCAGGCACAGUUGGCACGAGGACCCUGUGCCUGAGAAGCCCUUUAAGCGGCGGAGCUGCCAGAUGGAGUUUGAGGAGGGCAUGGUGGAGGGCCGGGCACGGGAGGACCUCGGGAACAUCGGCAAGCAGGCUAGCUUCUCAGGAAGCAUGGAGAUCAUUGAGGUGUCCUGACGGCUGUAGGCAGG